AUUUGAAAAGUCGAUAAAAUUCCAAGCCAGAAGAUAGUGUCGAAGACCAAGUUGGGUUUCGCAUUGGUAAUAAGAAAAAAGAAAGCUAACUUUGAGCAUAACGAAAGACAGGGUGGACUGCCCCACCGAACAGGAAACCCACCAUCGGACGUUUUCAACCUAUACAAAUAGAAAAUGCUCAAUGAUUUGUUUGAUUUGACAAAAUCAAAUGUGAAGAAAAUAGAGGGAGAAAAACACGAUCAAUAAAUCUGGUGUGGACAGAAAAGGAAGGGGAGAAGGAGAUGCGUUCACCUUGCACUAGAGAGGCCUCACAAGCCUGCUUUCAUAAUUUCUGUCAAUUGCCUUCUGAGCCCCAGAGUCCAACAUCCAUAACCACUGUUUCUGCAUCCCGCCAUGUUCUUGAAGUUGCCAUGGGAUCAUUGAUAUAUCCAAACUCUCAAUUCACCAAUCACGAGUCCCUCCCUUCAUUGCAAGAGUCAUUCUCCAAUUUCACAAAAGCAUUUCCACAGUAUUCUCAGACUGAUCAGGCUGACAAAAUCCGAGAACAAGAAUACUACCAUCUCUCCCUGUCCAACCAUGUUUGUUUCGAUUAUAUUGGCCACGGCCUCUUCUCAUACUCUCAGCAACGAAGUCACUCUUGGGAAGCUCCAUUUGCCUCAACAUCAUCUGCUUCUCCUCCAUCACGCCAAUAUUCCUCAGGUUUAGAACCGCCCUUCUUUGAUAUUUCCUACAAGGCAGCUAACUUACAUUCGCAAAUACAACAUGGUGGCCAAAUGUCAGAAUUGGAAUACGAGAUGCAGAAAAGAAUUAUGGCAUUGAUGAAUCUCUCCGAAGAUGAUUACACGAUGGUUUUCACUGCCAACCAGUUAUCCGCAUUCAAACUUGUGGCAGACUCUUAUCCAUUUCAGUCAAAUCAAAAUCUUCUUACGGUAUAUGACUAUGAGAAUGAGGCAGUGAAAGUAAUGAUUGAAAGCUCCAAGAACAAAGGGGCACGGGUCAUGUCAGCUGAAUUCUCAUGGCCUAGUUUAAGAUUAAAGUCAGGAAAAUUGCUAAAGAAGGUAAGGCGUAAGAGGAAGAACAAGAGGGGACUAUUUGUUUUCCCACUUCAAUCAAGGAUGACAGGAGCUAGGUAUUCAUACCUCUGGAUGACCAUGGCUCAGGAAAAUGGAUGGCAUGUCUUACUUGAUGCUUGUGGCUUAGGACCAAAAGAUAUGGAGACCCUGGGCCUGUCCCUCUUUAAGCCAGAUUUCCUGGUCUGCUCUUUUUUCAAGGUUUUUGGUGAAAACCCAUCUGGUUUUUGCUGUCUAUUUGUGAAGAAAUCCAGUUCUUCAAUUUUAAAGGAUUCAACUGGUACAUGUAUAGUGAGGCUUGUCCCAGCUAGGAGACCUUCUCAAAUUUCAGAAGAGUUGGCUAAUGACGACGUAGAAACUGAAGAAAGAACUAAACAAGAGAUACAUGUUGAUGACAAUUUGCAGGGCUCCUCCUCAGGUCCUAUUUUCAGGCAGCAGACAAGUGAGGUAACUUCUGACCCGCAAGAAACCAAAGAGAUUUCAGUAAAACAUGAAGCACCAGAAAUUGAGGAAUCAGUGGCAUCAUUUGAAUCCUCCAAAUCCCAAAUCAUUGCUGGGUAUGGAAGUGGGCAUUCACAUCUUGAAUGUAGAGGCUUGGAUCAUGCAGACUCGUUGGGCCUGAUACUAAUCAGUACCAGAGCAAGGUACCUCAUCAACUGGUUGGUAAAUGCAUUAAUGAGUCUUCAACAUCCACAUUCAGAAAAUAGGAAUCCCCUAGUCAGAAUCUACGGACCGAAGGUUAAAUUUGAUCGAGGACCAGCAGUGGCAUUCAACGUAUUUGAUUGGAAAGGAGAAAAGAUAGACCCUUCAAUUGUACAGAAGCUUGCUGAUCGAAACAAUAUUUCUUUAAGCAAAGGAUUUUUGUUCCACAUUUGGUUCCCAGAUGAGUAUGAACAUGAGAGGGAACAGAUAAUAGAGACAAGGACAAGUAAAGGAGGAAAAGUCUUAAAUGGGACGAGAGAGAAACUUCAUUCAGGAAUUUCUGUUGUCACAGCUUCCCUCGGGUUCUUGACAAACUUUGAGGACAUUUACAGGCUCUGGGCAUUUGUUUCACGGUUCUUGGAUGCAGACUUUGUGGAGAAAGAGAGAUGGAGAUACACAGCUCUAAAUCAGAUGACGAUAGAAGUUUAGCUUACACUUGUUCUUUUAUUCUUUCAUGCUGUAACAUUUGAACCCAAGGGAGUAGCAAGUAAUUUUUCCUAUCAUGAGCUUUUAAAUAAAUAUAUAAUUUUUUUUAAAAAAUUAUAUAUUAACUCACCUACAUAAAUUUUUAAA